AUGACUGGAACCAUGCCAUCCAGGACCACCCCUCCCUCCCAAGAGGGCCCCAGCAUCUCACACACGACCAGAAUUAUGCCAUCCAGGACCACUCCUCCCUCCCAAGAGGGCCCCAGCAUCUCACACAUGACAGGAACCAUGCCAUCUAGGACCACCCCUCCCUCCCAAGAGGGCCCCAGCAUUUCACACAUGACCAGAACCGUGCCAUCCAGGACCACCCCUCCCUCCCAAGAGGGCCCCAGCAUCUCACACAUGACUGGAACCAUGCCAUCUAGGACCACUCCUUCCUCCCAAGAGGGCACUAGAACUGUAGGCAUGACUGGAACCAUGCCAUCCAGGACCACCUCUCCCUCCCAAGAGGGCCCCAGCAUCUCACACAUGACUGGAACCAUGCCAUCCAAGACCACCCCUCCCUCCCAAGCGGACCCCAGCAUGACCAGAACCGUGCCAUCCAGGACCAUUAUUCCCUCCCAUGAGAGUACUAGAAUCUCAGACACAACCACAUCCAUGCCAUCCAAAAUAACAAGCACUUCCCAUAAGGGAAUGGGAACCUCCAUUACUGGAAAUCUGAACAAACACACAGACUGGACUAUAGCUGUUUCAGAGAAGGUACCUGAAUCCUUAGGAACUUCAUAUAAGUCUACAUCUGCCUCUGACAAAACCAUACGAGCCACUGAACUAACCACUGCUCUGCGAACUUCAGACAAAACUCCCCAAACUUCAGAUAAUACCACAAAAGCUUCAGGAGACAUAGGAGCCUCAGAGAAGACCACAAGACCUUUGGACAAGACUAUUCACAAAUCUACAUCCACUGUCCUUUAUCUACCACUUCAAGUUACUAGCGAGAAAACUUUGGCACCUUUCACACCCACUUUACAUCCAUCUUUCACAACUCCCAAACAAAGCCAGGAAUUAAAUUCCACAAAAUCAAUCAAUAAUAGUUGGCCAGAUCAGAAAACAGAUAAUUCAAGAGGAGGGUCCCAGGGGCUGCUGGAGGGGAAUUCAUUUCCCCCUUGGGCCAUUGUCAUUGUAGUCCUGGUGGCUGUGAUCCUCCUUUUGCUGCUCAUUGGCCUACUCAUCACGGCUGUCUACAUGAUCCAAAUACGCCGCCAUCAGACGAUUAUAGACCGUGAAGAAAAUGAUGCAGAGGAUGAGAUUGGCCCCAAUUCCUAUCCUGUGUACCUGAUGGAGCAGCAAGCACUGGGUCGGAGUCAGCUCCCGUUACCUUAG